UGAAUUGAAUUCUAUUGAAAAGAAAGUAGGAACUGAACAAAAUUUUUCGAUACGAUACUACAUAAUACAUUCCGUUAUUUAAAUUAAAGACUCCGUAAGAACAUUGCUAGAUUUGGUGGAAUACUGAUUGAAUACUUCAUUCAUUAUUGGAUGUUCAGCUGUUGGUAAACAAACAUGGUUACGUCGUAUUACAUAAUGGAAAUGACCAAACAAAGCAAAGGUAUGGACAUACAUGAAUAUUACAGUAACUUGCAUAUUAAAGGCAUACAGGGGUCACUCGAGACAAGAGUAUGUUGCAGGGUUUGUCUCGCAGACGGUUCCUUGCCAAUAUUCAGUGGCUCGGACAUCGCAGAAGCAUUGCAAAUAUUUGCUAACAUAGAGGUGGAAGAAGGCAGUGACUAUCCAAAACAUUUAUGUAAAAUCUGUCAUAAAUUUAUCAAGUGUGCUAUUUUGUUUCGGAAAACAGGGCAACAAUCUGAUGAAGUACUGAAAAAACACAUAAAAGCUAAGAAAUUUGAUUAUUUUGAAGAUCCACACAUAUUAGUCGAAGAGAGUGAUAUACCAGAUGAUUCUCAUAUCAAUGAAGAUUUGUACCCUGUGAUACCCACAGAGCCUACUCAUAAGAAUAAAGACAAAGUAAAAGACGCCAAAGUUCAGUGCACUAUAUGCAAUAACAUUGUAACAAGUGCUUAUUUCAAAGAACAUGUUACUAUGCAUGACCCAAAUCAUCACAAAUAUGUUUGUGAUAUAUGUGGAAAGUCAUUUCGAUUACGUUGCUCUUAUCACAAUCAUAGUUUACGGCACAGGACUGACUUUUCAUUCAAAUGUCAAUUAUGUCCAUACAAAGGUAGAUAUAAAGAGCUAUUAAAGAAUCAUAUGCGUACACAUACAGGUGAUUACAGGUAUAUGUGCACAGAAUGCCCGGCCAGAUUCCUAUUUAAAAGUAAUCUCAACCGACAUGUCUUAAUAAGACAUAAAGCACCCGAACACCACUGUAAUUCAUGUAAAAAGGUAUUUCAUACUAAAAUGAUGCUUAAAAGCCAUUAUGAAGCCCAACAUUUAGGUUUAAAAAAUCAUGUAUGCAAUAUUUGUGGAAAGGCUUUUGGUUAUAGAAAUGCAAUGAUGAAGCAUCAACGGCAUGUGCAUAAAAGGGAGAAAUUAUCAUUUUCGAGGAUGCCUUCAUAUUUACAAGCUGAAAAUAAAAAUCUUAGUACUGAAGAUGAUUAGUCUACUGAUGCUAAUUGUAUUAUAUUCCUGUAUUGUUUAUGUUAUGAUUGUAUUAUAUUUAUAAAGCCUUAAGUUGUAGC